AUGAAUUUCUAUCCGGUACCCCCUACGAUCAAGGCCGAAGUUUACUUCAGAAUCCCAGAUGCAAUUCGGUGCUUGAACAAGGAUUCGGAGUGGCGCGGUGGCUUCGCUCGCCAGUUCCAGUGGAUUUUCCUCGAGGGGCCAGUCGUGGACACUGAAGGCAACCUCUAUGUUGUAGAUGUGCCCUAUGGUAGAAUAUUGAAGAUUACUCCCAAGAAGGAGGCCAGCGUCUAUGUUGAGUGGGAUGGAGAGCCAAAUGGCUUGGCCGUCACCCGACAGGGUACGAUAAUCAUUGCAGAUUAUAAACAAGGAAUCUUGGAGCUUGAUCCUUCCACCAGAUCUAUCAAGCCAAAGAUAACCCGACGACAUUUGGAACGAUUCAAGGGACCAAAUGAUUUGAUAGUCGACUCCAAAAACAAUAUUUACUUUACUGAUCAAGGUCAGACUGGCAUGACGGAUCAGACGGGCAAGGUUUACAGAUUAAGCCCAGACGGCAAACUCGAUACAUUGAUCGAGAAUGGUAUUUCACCAAACGGCCUGGUACUAUCUAGAGACGAAAGGUUUCUCUUUGUCGCCAUGACCCGACAGAACUCGGUGUGGAGACUGCCGCUGCAUGAAGACGGCACAACGACCAAAGCCGGCCUGUUCUUUCAGUCGUUUGGAAAUGCUGGACCAGACGGCCUUGCCAUGGAUGAGGAGGGUAGCCUGUUCAUUUGCCAUCCUAGUCUUGGCUCCGUCUUUGUUGUUGAUUCUGAUGGAGUGCCAAAGGCACGAAUCAUCUCGGGGAGUGACGGCAUCAAUUUUACCAAUUGUUGUUUUGGGGGCCCAGAGAACAAGACCUUGUUCAUCACUGAUAGCUUGGAGGGGAACAUUCAGACUGUCCAGUGGCAUUGUCGCGGUGCCCAGCCUGCUCCAAAGCUCGGUGCAUAG